CGGCAACACCGCCUGAUCAAAGAACAUUGUUUUGUGCUUACUCGGUGAAAUUUGAAGUCAAAUACUCUAGUAAUGGCUGCCUCUUUGACUCGCAUUUCAUGCUCGUCCGCUUUCACUUUCUCAGCAUCAAAAGCCUCAGUUUUCUCACCUUCUCUAUCCCCUCCAUCCAUCAAAGUCCCCACCUUCUCCCCUUUGACUGUCAAAACCCUCGGUUCCAGCUUCGCCCCACAUGUGACAUGUGCCAUCAGUCUCACCACACAUGCCACCUUGACUCCCUCAUCUGUUCCUUCCGACACUUCAACAACGACCUUCCAUGGCCUUUGUUAUGUUGUUGGGGAUAAUAUCGACACAGAUCAAAUAAUUCCUGCUGAAUACCUUACAUUAGUUCCCUCAAACCCAGCUGAGUAUGAAAAACUGGGCUCUUACGCUCUUGUCGGUCUCCCCUCAUCAUAUACAACACGAUUUAUUGAACCGAACGAGACUAAGACAAAAUACUCCAUUGUGAUCGGUGGUGCUAACUUUGGUUGUGGGUCAUCACGGGAGCAUGCACCAGUUGCACUUGGGGCCGCAGGGGCAAAGGCAGUUGUGGCUGAAUCUUAUGCUAGAAUAUUUUUCAGGAAUUCUGUUGCAACUGGGGAAGUUUAUCCAUUAGAAUCGGAAGUGAGAAUAUGUGAGGAAUGUAAGACUGGGGAUGUGGUGACGAUCCAGUUGAGGGAGAGUCGUUUGAUCAAUCAUUCCACCUGCAAAGAGUAUAAAUUGAAUCCCAUUGGGGAUGCAGGGCCAGUCAUUGAAGCUGGAGGGAUCUUUGCAUAUGCAAGGAAAACGGGAAUGAUUCCAUCAGAGUCAAAUUAAAAUGCAGGGGAGGAGCACUUGCUUCCGACUUCUUCGACUCGUGUCAACUUCGAGGCUCCGUUAUUAGGCACUUGGGAUCAAUGCUCAUCUUUUCUUUCGUUGUCUUCUAAUUUUCAGUUCGAAACUGUUAAC